GUGCCCACAUUCUGCUGCAGAGGAGAGAGCACCAGGAUGAGGAGACUGUAGGCACCCGCCAUAGUAUGGCCGCCUCCCGGUCCUCACGCGUCACAAGGUCAUCAGUGGGGCUCAAUGGAUUGGAUGAGAACUUUUGUGGUCGAACCCUCAGGAACCGCAGCAUCGCCCAGCCAGAGGACACCUCCGUGUCUCCGCUACCGAGGGCCCGCUCACCCAAGAAGAAGCAGGAGUCUAAGCAGGAGUCUAAGCAGGAGUCUAAGCAGGAGUCUAAGCAGGAGUCUAAGCAGGAGUCUAAGCAGGAGUCUAAGCAGGAGUCUAAGCAGGACGCCAAGCAGGAGUCUAAGCAGGACGCCAAGCAGGAGUCUAAGCAGGACGCCAAGCAGGAGUCUAAGCAGGACGCCAAGCAGGAGUCUAAGCAGGACGCCAAGCAGGAGUCUAAGCAGGACGCCAAGCAGGAGUCUAAGCAGGAGUCUAAGCAGGAGUCUAAGCAGGAGUCUAAGCAGGAGUCUAAGCAGGAGUCUAAGCAGGAGUCUAAGCAGGAGUCUAAGCAGGAGUCUAAGCAGGAGUCUAAGCAGGACGCCAAGCAGGAGUCUAAGCAGGACGCCAAGCAGGAGUCCAAGCAGGAGUCUAAGCAGGACGCCAAGCAGGACGCCAACCGAGAUGUUAAACAGGAGUCACAGCAGGAAGCGAGACAGGACUCGUACGAGGACGAGAAGCCGGUCGUUCACUCGGAAGACGGCCAGCAGCAAGCCUUGUUGUCGGGAAGGGUAACUGACUCCAACGCUUCUCCCGCUGAGGCCGAUCAGUGGACUGGCUCCAGGAAACGGGGCGUGUCCUGUUUAGGAAAAGACAUUAGCCCAGAGAAGUCGGAGAACUGUGAUGGAGGGAAGGGGGUGCGGGAUGCCUCUCCUCAAAUCAAAAGGGCCAAGCGUUGCUCCCGCUCUGGGGAGUCUCAGGGACAGGAGGAGGACCCUGAGCCUCCCAAACCUGAAAGUCUGGUCUCUGUCCCAGAGCCUAGCAAGGACGGUUGUGAAGAAUUACCCAACCAAAACUCUGCUGACACAUCUCCUGCCUCACCCCUCCUCGGUAAGCAGGAAGGCGAGCCGGCAGGGGGGAAGGCAGAGGAUGGUCGUUUGGAGUGUGACGGAGCUACUCAGCCCCAGAAUGCUCACAAGGCAUCUAACGGACUCAGAGAUAAUAAAGCAGAGGAAUCUUGCACACUCACUAAAGAGCCUGGUGUGGAUCCCUCCUCUGCUACCUUCCCGCUGCUGCUCAACGGCAGCCAGACGGGGGCGCCCUCAUCCCCGGACCCCGCUGUGCCUUGUAGAAACUCUGUCCCUGAGCAGACGGAGGCCUCUGGCUCAGGGGAAUCAGCCUCAUCUGCACCGCCGUUUGAGGGUGCUCUGGAGGAUUCUGUACCUGAGCUGAUGGUGGCUAAGGAGCAGGAGGUGGAGGAGAUGGAGGUGGACGUGGUGGGGGACUCGUUGUGUCUGGCCCAUGAGGAGCAGGUGACGGAGAGCGGCGCCAACGGCCGACCGCUAACGCCGGUACACGAAGCUGCUGCCUCCUCCUCCUCCUCCACCACUAACAUGAACAGUAGUCCAAUCAACAACAGCAACUCAGGAGAAACUACACCCCCACUAACAGCAUCCCCCUCCCCCUCUGUACCCAGCACGUCCCCCUCCUUCACAGAGCUCUAUGAACACAGAUACACCCUGAGGACUUCACCCAGGAGGGCUGGUAGCAAAGCCUCCUCCUCCAAGCCCAGCUCUCCUCCCAGAGACAAUGGUCCCUUGAGGGAAGAGGGAGAGGUGGUGGUUGGACUGGAGGAGGACUGUCCCAUGGUGGAGGGCCCUGCUCCCUCAGACUUUGUGGGCCCCUCCAGUCAGGAGCCUGACGGCGGCUCUACAGAGGGCAGCAAGGAGCUGAGCCGAAGCCAGGCUGCAGAGGAGGAGGAAGAGGAGGAGGAGCCGGACGUGUAUUACUUUGAGUCGGACCACCUGGCUCUGAAACACAACAAAGAUUAUCAGAGGCUGCUGCAGACCAUCGGAGUUCUGGAGGCCCAGCGGACCCAGGCCAUCCUGGACCUGGAGACGUUGGCACGACACCAGAGAGAGGCGCUCGCCGAUCCCGUCAGCUUUGUUGAGCAGCUGCAGAAAAGGGUGAAUCUGGGCUUGCCGUGUCCUCAGCGCGUCGUCCAGCUCCCUGACAUUGCUUGGGAGCAGUACACCUCAGGCCUUGGCGAUUUUGAGAGAGAAUUCUGCGACAAGAAACGCAAAACUAGGCGGCUAAAGUUGAUCUUCGACAAAGGCACGUGUUUGCCUCUUAGACCAAAAAGUCCCGUUGAGCCCAAGAAAGAAGGCGAAUCCUCCACCAUGUACUCCUCUCUACCCACCAGUGACGCCCCAGAGAACGGUGGGCAAACGCAGAUGAUCAGAGGGAGGAUUUGUCACCCGAACAAGCCUGACACAUUUAACCAGCUGUGGACUGUGGAAGAGCAGAAAAAACUGGAGCAGCUUCUCGUCAAGUUCCCUCCUGAGGAAGUCGAGUCCAGAAGAUGGCAGAAAAUUGCAGAUGAGCUCGGCAAUCGAACAGCAAAACAGGUUGCCAGCAGGGUUCAAAAGUACUUCAUCAAACUGACAAAAGCUGGAAUCCCCGUGCCUGGAAGAACACCCAACCUUUGCAUGUACACUAAAAAGGCAUCCAGUAAGAGGCAGCACCACCUGAACAAGCACCUGUACCGGCCGUCCACCUUCCUGACCUCCUACGAGCCUCCGGUCUACAUGGACGACGACGACGAGCGCUCGGCUUACUACAACAGCGUUCAGGACCCGUCUGCUGAGGAUUCGGAUGAGGAGAGCGUUCCUGUGGAGCUGAGGAACCUGCCGGAGUACAAAGAGCUUCUGGAGCUGAAGCGGCUGAAAAAACAGAAGCUCCAGGAGAUCCAGGAGGAUAAGGCCGGGGUGCGGCACGUCGGCUACAAGUGUGACGUCUGCGGCGUAGAUCCCAUCCAGGGAGUUCGGUGGCACUGUCAGGACUGUCCACCAGACAACUCCGUGGAUUUCUGCUCCAACUGCUCCGACUGCUUGUUCAAGACGGAGACCCACAAGCCGACCCACCACCUGGAGCCGGUCUAUCAGCCGGAACCCUUUCUGGACAGGGACUACUGCCUGCCUCAGAGCACGGGCUACAACUACCUGGACCCCAACUACUUCCCGGCCAACAGAUGACAGGGUCCCGGGCGGCCCUAGCUCCAGGCUCUCCACGUAUCCCACAGGCCACUCUGUGCAUGGCUCCAUCCUCCAAGUCCAAGAUAACCGCUUCACCCGCCGCCGGGCAGGAGGCCGGCAGACGGGCGGCCAGCCGGGGCCUCAGAAGACCUCCCUGCUGCCGGUGGGGGGCCGUUGGUAACUGACCUCCCUGACCUGAGCUGGAAGGGCGGCCAUGUUGGCUCCACCUCAGCCAGGUUAUUAACGGAUCUGUGAUUUGAAAACGACACACUAUUUUUAAAAGCAAACUAAAAAGAAAACAGAAGGCACACGACAUUCCCGAGCUCUGACUCCAGGAGGGCUGUCCCCGUCUCCCCUAUUUACCCUUUACCCUCCACCUGCCCUCCUUACCCCUCCACCUGCCCUCCUUACCCCUCCACCUGCCCUCCUUACCCUCCUUACCCCUCCACCUGCCCCUCCUUACCCCUCCACCUGCCCUCCUUACCCUCCUUACCCCUCCACCUGCCCCUCCUUACCCCUCCACCUGCCCUCCUUACCCUCCUUACCCCUCCACCUGCCCCUCCUUACCCCUCCACCUGCCCCUCCUUACCCCUCCACCUGCCCCUCGUUACCCUCCUUACCCCUCCACCUGCCCUCCUUACCCCCCGUGCUGCUUCCAAACUGGAUCUCCAUCAGUCUGGUGAAGCCGGACGGUCGACCAGCGUGUCCUCUGAGAGACACAUCGGUGGUUUGUUUGCGUGUACGUGGUCUCCGUGUUAUGCAAGAGUGAAAAAUGUCCUAGCUAGGUAUCCGUAGACAAGUAUUUAUGAGCCGCUGCGGAGGCCGUCGUGGUGGAAGCCGGCGCGUUUCUUCAGACUGUAGGAGGUUCUGCAGACGGACCGACGCCACGUCUCCCAGCGUGACGCCGUCCCACCACCGUCUGAUGCUGCUCUCCCCUUCACCAACACUCUUUCAUCCAUUCUCUCCUUCGCUCUCUCCUCUACAACACGUCUAACAUGAAGCACUACAGCACGGAGAGCAGCACAAACCCACCAGACUUUUACUUUUCUUUCUCCCCGAUGUGUGCCGUCGUUUAUCACGUUGAGUGUAAAUUUCUAUGGUGAACAGUGAAAAGUAGCCAGCGCUAGUUGCUGUGUGCCAUUUUAUAAAAAAAAAGAUAAAAGCUAUUUUCUCUUUUUUUGGCGGGGGGAGCGACCCAAACGUGGCCUCUCCCUCCUCCAUCGACCCUCAUCGUCCUCCAUCACUGAUCAGCCGUCACGCCUCUAGAUCUUUAAUUCUGCAGCCCACUUUAAAGGUCCAUUUAAAAGAUUGUAUUUUUAUUAAUCUAUUUAAAAAAGUAAAUGAUCGAGGUAGUGGUUGGUGCCUCCACAGUUUUAUACACAUAGGUUUUGUUGUGCUUGAGUAGACACCAUUUUGUAUGGUUUCCGUCUCCUUCCCUCACCCCUCUGCCCCCGCUUCAAUAUCUGUGUAUAACAGUCUGUUCUUAUGUAAAAAAAUAAUAAUAAUAAUGUAAAAAAAAUGCUAGAGGAGAACCGUGGAAAUAAAAGUAUGUGAAAAUAGUGUUUCUA